CUUAACCCUACAAGGUUUAUCUGCUCCUAGAUGGUACCAUGUUUGGUGUUUUUUGUGAGUAGUUGUCAAGAAACCUCAUACAUGUUGUUCAGAUAUUCCAAAAUAUUUUUUCGGCAGUAUUUAUAUCUUUAUUUUGAAGCCUGAAGCAUCAUAUGAAAUUUAGAUGACAAAAAAGACCAAGCAACAAAUUCAAUGUUUUAGGUUUUCCAUCUUAAUUUUCAUUUCGCGAUUACUGUAGCGAUUAUUGUAGCGCGCAGAAAUUUUAUUAAAUUCAUCUGCUUCUUCACGCCAAUGGAGCCUUGAAAAUCUUCAUGAAUUAAUGUGAAGUUUACUGUAGAUCGCAGGAUUUGUGUUUUGAGCAGCCAUGGCUGCCAUCGUCUCUCCCCAGCUUCCAGCUGUGGGAGAGCCCAAUCCAAAUCGUAGUGAGCAUAUCCCCAACAACAAGAUUCAACAAACUUACGCCUCUCAAUUACUUACAAAUAAUUCUGCUUCAAUCUCCACAAAACUGGUCUUAAAACCUGUCCAAAUUGUUCAUGGGGAACCUACAAUUCAAUUCACAAUGGAGGAAAGACAAACUUUUGCUGUUGAAGAAGGACUGCAUCAAGCAGUUGUGCUGAAGUUAUCUCCAAGAGCGCCAGAUUUGCAGGUUCUAAGAAGCUUACUGCCAAAAAUACUAAGCAUAAAAGGCCAUUGCUUGAUUGGUCAUCUUGCCCCACGUCAACUACUGUUAAGAUUGGAUCAACCAGAGGAUUUUGUCAACGCACUAGCCCGAGCAGUAAAUUCUUUUUCGCACAGUGGCGAACAACAUCAGUAUAGGGUCUUCCCUUGGACAGUUGGAUACAAUCCUAAGGAAGAAACAUCAAAGGCUGCAGUUUGGAUUUCAUUACCAAACUUGUCUUCAGAAUUAUUUGCUCGACAAUCACUGUUGUCAAUAGCUAAUGUAGUGGGUAAACCAAUCGCUAUCGACAAAGCAACACAGCAUGUUGAUAAUGCAUCUGGAAAGAUUGUCGAGGUGUUUCAAGAAGUAAUAUAUGAUAACCUCCCGGGUUAUUGUAUCUAUUGUAAACGACAAGGCCACGUAGAGGAGAUGUGUCGACUGCUUUUAAAGAAUAAGAUCGACGACGCCGAAACUUCGGUCGAUGACAUGUCCAGUGUUGAUAAAUUAAAAGGAGAUGCCAGGGACUUCCUUAAUGCCAAAAGAUCUGGCCAGUCGGUGGACGAUGUUGCAAAAGAAGUUGGCAACUGUAAUGUGACUGAAACAGCUAAUGGAGAAUUAAAUAAGGCUAAUGCUGGCCAACAGAGAUCUGCUGAAGGAAUUUCUGAUGAUAAUCGAACAGGAUCAAAGGUUGUUAAUGGACAAGCUAACGUAAUGGAAACUAUAACAGGGGCAUUGCAAAAUGCUACUGAUCAUGAAAAGCAGACUGUCAAUGUAGAGGCUAAAUUUCCAAAUGCUCAAGCUGAAAGGGAGCAGGGAUUUGAGCAGGGGACUCUGGCUCAGGGAACUGCUGUUGCACCUGUUAAACCAGUGGACAAAGCAGCAGUAGAAUAUGCUGAAGGUGUUGGUCAAUUCAGGACUGCUUCUAAGUCCCCUUCAGUUACUGGAAAGGUUAAUACACAACAGAAACAGUCUAAUGUUCCGCAAGUAUCAGGCCCAAAGGAUGCUGUUGAUCGAGGUGAGGUAUCUGCACAAUUUGGCAAGGACAAGGUAGGUACCGGUGCUUUGCAAGUUGCAGCUAGUGCUAAACGUCCUGAUGCUCGAGCAACCAAUGCCAAGAACCAUGCAACUAAUGUGAUAGUAGGACGUGACAAAUCUGGAAUGGAAUCAGAUACUGUAUUUUUAGCUUUGGAUGCUACUGUUGCAUUGACUGCAACUGUUGAUCGACUUACUGCUGGGAUCCAAAAUCUGGUGCUGCAGUUGAUGAUUUAAUUGAAAAACCAACAGGUGAGGUGCAUCAAAAAGGUCAUAGGAAUGGGCAACAAGCUGCUGCACAUACACUUGCAACUGAGCAGCAAAACAUUGCAGAGCAAAUCGCUGACAAAACAGUUUCUGCCCAGAUUUCUGGGAAUAAAAACGUUGGGAUUAAGAGUUUAAUGAUGGAAAACAAAUAUGGGAAGUUGAUAGGGGUCGAUAAGGAAGAUGACAUGAACAAAAAGGAAGGGGAUUGGAGCUUGGUAACACAUAAAAUCACCCACAAAGAAACAGGUCUCACCAACGCAACAUAAUAGCACUGUUCGUCAAAAUGAUUUCACUGUUGGUUCCAGCUCAAGUAAUUUCAAGGUUCUUGCUGCUGCUAGGGACCCUGAAGUAGAUGCAAAAGGCAUACUUGAUAGAGGAAUGUCCAAACAUUUAGUUCCAAUGCCCAGUAAUGAACGAGGAGGGCAAGGCAGUCACGAUUUAGUUGAAAAUUUGGGCUUUCGACGAAAUGACUCCAACAAUAACUUGAGGAAUGAAAUUAUGGACAUCCAAGCUCACAGUUCAAAUGCACCUACAUUGCAUUUUUCCAAUCCUUAGGUAGAACAAAUCAUCAAAAAUGCUCAAAAUGAAAUGAUGAAAAAUCUACAAUGGUUAAACAGCCUUUGGUCACAUUAAAUACCUCUGUAUUUGAUGUUCUAUCACAAUCAGUUGAAACCUACGGCGACUUUGAAGGUGAAGCUGGGCAGCUUUUUCUGUCAACCGGAAACAAUGAUGAAUUUAUCCAAGCAAAAGUGAUCAAAUCUAAACUUUGGUUCCAACAACGUGAAGAGGAUGACGAAUACGAGGAUUGGGGUGAUGGUCAUGCAGGGUUUUCAUCUGAAGAAGCUGAUUAGAAGGUCGAUCAAGAGAGUGCAGGUGAAGAUCUUGACUGUCUAGCAAUGACAAAAUAUGAUGAGGGACCAGCAGCAAGUCAUAGGAGCAAAUUGAACAUCAACGCUCCAAUUUUUUUGCCCAGAAAUUCUCCAAAUGGAAGCUUGAAGCGAACUGCAACAACACAUACAAAGCAGUUAGUCCCAGCUGAAACUGAUCAAACAGCUGCUACAAUAAAAUCUGGGCAGCAGCAUAUUGUAACAGAUAAUCCAAUCUUCGAUGCAAUGGAGCAGCAGCUUAAUCAAAAUGAUCCAGUUAUUAAACCUACUGCUGAUCGCA